AUGAAGCCACUGCCAUUAUGGACGCUCCUAAAAGAUCCUUCAGCGACACCAUUAGAGGAGGAAAGCUACCUAUGGAAAUGGAAGAAGAUGAUAUAUCCUCCUCUUCGGAAGAUGAAGAGCAUAUGGAGGAGGAAGAGGAGGAUGCCAGGAGGAGCCAAAAAGAACAAGAGAAAGAGAACCUGCAAAAAGAAAAAACUGAAGAUUAGGGUGGAAAAAGUGGAAGCCAUUGUAAAUUUUGCCAUUAAUGAGGCAGCCAUGAAGAAACUCAGAAAUCCCUGGUGGGAGACCUUGAUCAUUAAACUGUUGGGGAGGAAGAUAUCUCUAAUGGCUUUAACUAGAAGAUUGGACGCUAUGUGGAGCAAGAUGGGAAGCAUAGAUGUGAUUGAUAUAGGAAAUGAUUUCUUUAUAGUGAAAUUUUAUUCUCAAGAAGACCUCGAUUUCGCAUUAACUGAAGGCCCUUGGAAGAUUUUUGACCACUAUCUCUCAAUUAGGCAAUGGAAAUUGGACUUCAACCCUAUUGAAGCAACGAUUGACCAGAUUGCAGCAUGGGUAAGGCUUCCGAGAUUAGCUAUUGAAUAUUACGAUGGAAAUAUGCUAAAAAAGAUUGGUGAUGUUAUUGGAAGGACUCUUAAAGUGGACACAAAUACGGCUGAGAAAAGCAGAGAAAAGUUUGCAAGGCUUUGUGUGCAGCUGGAUCUACAUCAGGCUUUAAUCUCCCAAUACUCAAUAAAUGGGGUUCGCUACAAGGUAGAAUACGAGGGUCUAUACAACAUAUGUUUUGGAUGCGGUAUGGUGGGACACGAAAAGAGCGCCUGCCCAAAAGUUUCCAGAACAGAAGCUAACAGGGAGGUAGCCAACGGGAAAAAAGAAAGCGUAGUAGGAGGAGGAGAAGGACACAACCAGGAGAUCAGCACCCCUAGAAAUGAGGAAAGCAGUGUAGAAAUUAUAGAAAAAGAUAAAGGCAAACAAGUCAUGAUAGAAGAAAGUGACAACUAUGGCCCUUGGAUGGUGGUCCAAAGACCGACACGUGGAAGAAGGACAGGCAAAGGUGAGGCUAGUGGAAGUGGAGAAGGCAGUAAUGGGAUGAAUGGAAGAGCUACUGUGACAGGUACUAGGUAUGAUGUACUGCAGGAAAAGAAAAAUGAGGAAAACCAAGAUAAGAAUAACGGCGAAAAGAGUCAUCCAGAAAAGAACUUGGUCGUAUCAGCCACCCAAGCUGUAAAACAAGACUACAACAACCAGAAACACUAA